AUGUUGACGGAGGCGUCGACGGAUCACUGUGAGGCCGCCAUCAGCAUUCUGAACUUCCUUAACCUGGGCGACCUGGUAGACGAGUUCUACUACACGGAUGCCGGGUCGGCGGAUGAUCAGCAUCGUCUUCACGCAUCCUCCUGCCUGGCCUUCGGCAUUCAGCCGCCAUCACAGCAGCAUCUCGGUGACUCCAUGCAUCGGACACAGGGCGGGACCCUGGCGCCGGCAUUGACACCGACCAUGCUGGAUGGGCUCUCAGGCGAGGAGGACGAGGAUGCCAUCUUCUCCUACUACCUAGAUGAGGACGACGAGGUCGGGGAAGAAGGGGCUGCGCGCGGUGGGGCUCUGUGGUCGAGCCCGGAUGACACCGGCCCUGGGACCAGGGCCGGGGUCGGAGCCGAUGCCGCUGGCGACCUUGGGGCCGAGUCCGACCCGGGGCCCGACAUCGAAUCGGACAGCGAUGGGGCCGCUGAUGACCGGUGA